AUGUGGGGUGAAACUUAUGAGCAGCUAGCUUCUAUAGAUUCUAAGAACCCCACUCGAUCAGCACACGAGAUGACUUCCGAAUAUCAUCGCCAGCAAUUACUCACAGCUGUCAAUGCUGAGAACCUCAUCCAACAAAUAGUUCCCCGUCUUGGAAAAAGCCUUUCCUGGAACAUAUUGAGGAAACAUCCCGCUUGUAUGCGCACAUCCGGAGACUCUAUCACGCUUUCUCUGUGGGGGUGGUGCAAUGAAGUUAUCAUCAGGAGCUCAGCCACUGCAUAUUACGGACCCAAAAUCUUCGAGAUAAAUCCAAAUCUCUUGCAAGUAAUGAUGUCAUGGGAAGCUACAAACUGGAAAUUUAUGUACAAGCUACCUGAAUUCAUGGCACGAGAUAUGGUUAAUGCCAGAAGCGAAUUUAUUGACACACUUUGCAAGUACUUUGAGACGCCGAAGAAAGACCGUUCCGAUGCUCUGUAUUUUGUAACGGCGAUGGAAGAAGAAAUUAGGGCAGCUGGCUUGAGUGAUCGCGAAAUUGCAGGCAUACAAAUGCUACAUUUAUGGGCAAUUACCGCUAACGUGUACAAGGCUGCAUUCUGGGCAAUAGCUCACAUUGUCCAUAGACCAGAAUUGCUUGCUCAAAUCCGCGCUGAAAUCGCUCCAGUUAUGGGAAAAGAUGGAGAGACAGUAGAUCUCAAGUAUCUCACAGAAGAUUGUCCACGGCUCGAAGCUUUCUUUAACGAGGUCCUGAGGAUCAACUCGGCAGGAGCACUUGCACGUGAGGUCAUCACACCCACAUUGUUUAGUAGAAAAGUACUUGCUAAAGGCACGAAACUUAUGAUUCCGUACCGCCAACUUCAUCUUGAUGGACAAGCAUGGGGACCAAGCGCUCUUUACACCAUCGUGGCUUUUCUUUUUUCUCGAUACGACGUUACUUUGGAAACUAGUACCGCCAAUCAAAAAUUUCCACGCAUCGAUGAUGUUACUGCUGGAAUUGGAACAAUGGCACCGAUGCCUGGAGAAGAUGUUAAACUGGUCGUUAAGCCGAUGAAAAAGUAG